AUGCAGGCGAUCCUCCGCCGCGGGGCACAGUUUCUGUCAUCCUCGAAAGACAGUAGUACUAGUACUGCUGCUGCUGACGGCAGCUUCCGAUCCGUCUCGUCGCACGAUGCGCUCUUCCCCAAGGUCGACCCCGUGGUCGAUGGCGAGGACUGUGAUCGCGACUGCGCCAGCUGCACGGUGCAUUACCCGGCCAGGUUCGACGUCAAUCUCACAGACAAGCUGUACGGCAAUGUCAAUGCGUGGGCGACGCAUGUGCUCGUCGCGACGGGCAAGACGGACUGGGUGAGGGAUGUGACGGACGAGAAGGGGAGUGUCAUGGAGGCGAUUGGCAAGGGGGGGAUUGAGCCGAGCAAUGGGAAACUCAAGCUUUCUGCCUCCAACAUCCCCGUUCCGGACGAGUACCAUCACCACGAGGAUGGCUCUCCGUCUCGCCCGACAACGGUGCUUCUCCUGCCUGCUUUUACCUUCAUCGACCACGUCACGCCCGCCCUGGUCCCGGAUCUGAUCAAAUACUUUGUCAACCCGUCCGUGACGACGACGACGCCGUUACACUCGCAGAAGAAGGACGAUGCAAGCUCGGCGACGAAUACCGCUGACAUCUCCUCGCUUACCCCUCUGCGCUCCCGGCUCUGUCCGCACGCGGCCGUCAUUCUGCUCUGCUCGCAACGCACCCGGGAUGCUCGCUGCGGCAUAUCUGCGCCGCUGCUCAAGCGCGAGUUCGAGCGGCACCUGCGCACGUACGGACUUUAUCGCGACGCAGACGACGAGCGGCCCGGAGGCGUGGGCAUCUACUUCAUCAGCCACGUGGGGGGGCAUAAAUACGCGGCGAACGUGAUCGUAUACCGACGGAGAGAUUUCGAGUGGUACAAGAAGAAAAGCAGCAGCGAAGAAGAGGAGAAGAAGCGGGCGGAAGAACAGGAGGCAGAGGGUGCGACGCAGGGUAUCUGGCUGGCAAGGGUCCGGCCGGAGGAGUGCGAGAACAUUGUCAAGUUUACGGUCUUGCAGGGCAAAGUCGUCAAGCCGAAGGACCAGUUGCGAGGGGGGUUUGAUAGGGAGAGGGGGGUCACCAGUUGGUAG